ACUAUCCUUUUUUUUCCCCUUGGAUUACUUCCAUUAUGCCAGAGACUCCUCCAUGUCAGAAAUACGCUUGCGACAUUCAAGAUUGUCUCCAAAAGAACAAUUACCAGGAAUCGAAAUGUGAAGCGCAAUUGGUUGCCCUUCGAAAAUGCUGUGAAGAACUACUGGAUAACAAUGGGUCAAGCGUGUGCUGUCCCGUCAAGAAAUACGGGAAACAAGCGCGAGAAAAAAAGCAGUAGACCAGAGAAAAGAAGGAAAGCUUUUUAGUCCCAAGGAGAAUUCCGAAAUUACGUGAUAGGAUGAUGAAUCAAAUUGUUUGCGAUUGAUUUGAAAUUGAAUUCAGAACUACAAAAAUAAAAAUAUAGAAAAAAAAAGACUUAACCUGUUCCCCAGCAAAUAUAAUAUUUCUUUUAUCU